UCUGACACAUAAAAGGCUCUGGGACGAGGACAGGCCUGUCCUAUUGACCUACACAGUCAUGAUGGGUAAGAUCAUCUUUUACGAGGGCAGGAAUUUUGAGGGACGCCACUAUGAGUGCAGUGGUGACUGCGCUGACAUGCACUCCCACUUCUCCCGUUGUAACUCCAUCCGGGUGGACAGUGGGUGCUGGGUGGCCUAUGAGAAGUCUAACUAUUCUGGGUACCAGUAUAUGCUGACAAGAGGGAAGUACCCCGACCACCACCGCUGGUCCGGCUUCAACGACUGCAUCCGCUCCUGUCGCAUCAUCCCUGCUUAUAAUGGAAACUACAGGAUGAAGAUCUUUGAGAGAUCAGACUUUGGGGGCAAGAUGAUGGAGUUGAGCGAUGACUGUCCCAACCUGCAGGACCGCUUCCACCUGAGAGACAUCUCAUCCUGCAAUGUCAUGGAGGGCUACUGGAUCCUUCAUGAGCACCCCAACUACAGGGGUCGUCAGUACUUCCUACGCCCUGGCGAGUACAACAAGCACAGCGAUUGGGGCAGCAUGAGCUCCACCAGUGGCUCAGUGCGUCGCGUCAUAGAGCUGAAGCAAACCAACCAAUAAAGCAGUCUCUAGAUCUCUCUCCAGCCAGGCUAGAUCUCUCUAAAAGCCUGUAGAAUUCUGUACAGGGGUUGACAAAAUGAGUCAAUCUCAACAUAUGGUUGGUGUCAGGGAAUAAGGAGAUUGUCCUUUAAUAAUUAGUAUCACUGGAUGAUAAUAUGACUGGGCUGGAGUAAGAAAGCAGUGUCUUGGAAUCCUGGUGUAGUUGUACAAAGAGCAUUUAGAAGGCUUUAUGCAGACAGAAGUGCAUUUACACACACCCUCCGCUCACAUUGAAUAAUAAACCAGUGGAUGGUAGGAUGGAACAGUAUAUUUAAUUGUGUCCCUAAUGCAGCGGCAAAGACAGUUGCAACUUCUUCCAACUGUGGAGCCUGCUUAAAUUGUUGUGGUGUUUUAACAAUAUUCUGACCUCCUAAAUCGAAACACAUGAAUUUGUGUCUGAGGCAAAAUCACUUUGUUAACUUGUCAAUGUAACACUUGUCAUGGAAAUUGCCACCAGGGACUCAAAAGUCAAACUUGAAUGAAUCAUUCUUUAUUAUCAGAAAGCUGGAGAGGUCACAGUCAAACUUAGAUGCAUAAAGUACCGGUCUGAAGUGAGCUCUUUUCGGGGCAGUCCUUUAAGUUCUCUUAUAUACUGCUUACACAGACAAGCUACUGUAUAUAGGCAUGGUUCAUAGGCUUGGUUCCUGCAUGUGUCUGGUACCGGGUCCUAUCUUAACUUAUAGAACAUUCUGACAAAAGGUCUGAGGAGGGGGUCAUGACCAUCUCCCACUCAUAUCUCUACCAAGCACCCACAGGAACCAAUGAUUGUAUGAGACAAGAUGUACAAUUCAAGGCUGUCUCCAGACUAUGCAUUUAUCCUCCACAUUUCCUUACUUUUAUCACUUAUAUGAUAAUAAUCGUUACAAAUUUAAUGAGAAACACUUUCAAACCCUUCAUUCUGGGUAAAACAAUCUAAUUAGUAUGGUAAUACUAUCAUCAUAAUAAAGGUUAAACUUCUAUUAA